AUGGCAGUCGUCGACUCGAAAGCAAUGGUUCCAGCGACCGCAGAGGACACAGCGUUCGCCAAGCAUGUUCUCGCCCGCAUGCCCAUGUGUGGGCACUGGUCAGAAUCGGUCGUCGCAGUGGAAGCGCUGCCGCUGCCCCCUAUCAACAGUCGAGGAAGCCGCGAUUCGGAGGGCUGGACCGCCGUCUACGAAAUCACUGUGCAGCCAGACAUGAUCAACGGUCUCGGCGGCAUCCACGGUGCGGCGUCGGCAUGGCUGGUCGACAUGUUCACAGGGACCAGCGUCCGGCGUCUGGCCACGCCGACAUUCCAGUCUGCAGGCCCCAGUGUCACGAUUGAUAUGACCUACUACAGCGCAGCCAUUGCUGGCCAGGUUUUGCGUGUGGAGACAACAGUGGACAGGGUGGGCGGCCAGCUGUCAAUGGUGCGAUGCCUCAUCCUGGAUAAGGAGACCGGCCGCCGCAUUGCCUUCGGCAUGCACACCAUCAUGCGUAACAAGGCGGGAGAGAAGGCCAAGGCCAAGUUGUAA